CUUGCUGUGCUUCCGUACUAAGCCUAACGACGCUACCAAAUAGGGAACUAAUGCGAAAAACAUGUGUGUGAAUGGUUCGAACUGAAUUUCACAACGAACAUACCGAGGAGACAGUGGUUGGUUGGCAUCGCUUGUAUAGUGUGAGCGCGUAGAGUAAAUUACAGUGCGCGAUGGCGCAAAUCGUCACGUCAGAUUCGAAGGCCCCGCUGAGGGAAGUGCGGGAGGUCCAGUUCGGCAUUCUCGAUCCUGACGAAAUCCGUCGGAUGUCCGUCACCGAAGGUGGAAUUCGUUAUUCGGAGACAUAUGAAGGAAACCGGCCGAAGUUGGGUGGCUUAAUGGACCCUAGACAGGGUGUCAUUGACCGUUCUUCGCGUUGUCUUACCUGUUCAGGUAAUAUGACCGAAUGCCCGGGCCACUUUGGUCACCUCGAACUUGCCAAGCCCGUGUUUCACGUUGGAUUCCUGACGAAAACCCUGAAGGUGCUUCGGUGUGUCUGCUACUACUGCAGUAGGCUUCUCGUUAGUCCAAAUCAUCCUCGCAUGAGGGAGAUCCUUCAGAAAACAAAACACAAUCAACGACAACGAUUAGACAAAGUUUACGAGUUGUGCAAGGUCAAACAGGUUUGUGAGGGGGGCGACGAGAUUGAGAAGACCGGUGGGCAGGGCGAACCAACGGAAGAAGAUAAAAAAGCGGCUCAUGCCGGCUGUGGCCGUCACCAGCCAAACUAUCGUAGAUCAGGGCUUGACUUGAGCGCAGAAUGGAAGCAUACAAAUGAGGAGACUCAGGAGAAAAAACAAAUGCUCACGGCCGAACGAGUUUACGAGAUCUUUAAACACAUCACCGAAGAGGAGUGCUAUUGCCUCGGCAUGGAUGAGCGUUACGCCAAACCUGAUUGGAUGUUGCUUACCGUUUUGGCUGUGCCGCCACUGUGCGUGCGUCCCGCUGUUGUCAUGUUUGGGUCGGCCCGUAAUCAAGACGAUCUUACGCAUAAACUGUCCGAUAUUGUUAAAGCGAACAACGAACUGAUUCGCAAUGAGCAAAGCGGUGCCGGAGCGCACAUUAUCACCGAAAAUAUUAAAAUGCUACAGUUUCAUGUUGCGACGCUGUACGACAAUGAGCUGCCGGGUCUGCCACGAGCUAUGCAGAAAUCGGGCAGGCCACUCAAGUCAAUCAAGCAACGACUGAAGGCCAAAGAAGGUCGUAUCCGAGGUAACCUUAUGGGAAAGCGUGUCGACUUCUCAGCACGUACUGUUAUCACCCCUGAUCCCAAUUUGAAAAUCAACGAGGUUGGUGUGCCAAGAAGCAUUGCACAAAACCUCACGUUUCCAGAGAUCGUCACGCCAUUCAAUAUUGAACGCAUGCAAGAGCUGGUUUCCAGAGGAAACGAUCAGUAUCCAGGGGCAAAGUACAUUGUCAGGGAUAACGGCGAACGUAUUGAUCUGCGUUUCCACCCGAAAGCAUCCGACCUCCAUCUGCAGUGCGGCUACAAAGUGGAACGUCACGUUCAGAACGGCGAUAUCAUCGUGUUCAAUCGCCAGCCCACACUACAUAAAAUGAGUAUGAUGGGUCAUAAGAUUCGCGUGUUGCCAUGGUCAACAUUCCGAAUGAACCUGUCCGUAACAACUCCGUACAACGCCGAUUUUGACGGCGACGAGAUGAAUAUGCAUGUGCCACAGUCGCUCGAAACUCGCGCCGAAAUUGAGCAGCUGGCCAUGGUGCCCCGACAGAUUAUCACGCCACAGGCCAACAAGCCCGUUAUGGGUAUUGUGCAGGAUACGUUGACAGCGGUCCGUAAAAUGACGAAACGUGACGUAUUCCUCGAGAAAGAUCAAAUGAUGACGCUGCUUAUGUUCUUGCCGAUCUGGAAUGGUAAGGUACCCAUGCCAGCUAUUCUUAAACCGAAACCGUUAUGGACGGCAAAGCAGCUAUUCUCGUUAAUUAUUCCUGGUAACGUAAAUCUGAUUCGAACACAUUCGACGCAUCCGGAUGAGGAAGACGAUGGACCAUACAAGUGGAUUUCUCCGGGAGAUACCAAAGUCAUAAUUGAACACGGCGAAUUGCUAUCAGGCAUCGUGUGUAAGAAAACUGUCGGAGCCUCUUCCGGAUCUCUGAUGCACGUGCUGUUCGUUGAGAUGGGUCACGAAGUGGCGGGCCUCUUUUAUUCUCACAUUCAGACGACAGUCAAUGCGUGGCUAUUAUAUGAAGGUCAUUCAAUUGGUAUCGGCGAUACUAUUGCUGAUCAACAGACCUAUAUGGACAUCCAGAACACGAUUAAGAAAGCAAAACAGGACGUGAUAGAAGUAAUUGAGAAGGCUCACAACGACGAGCUUGAGCCCACGCCUGGUAACACCUUGCGACAAACGUUCGAAAAUCAGGUGAACCGAAUUUUAAACGACGCUCGUGAUAAGACUGGUGGAUCUGCCCAGAAAUCUCUGUCCGAAUUUAACAACUUCAAAUCGAUGGUGGUAUCCGGCGCGAAGGGGUCGAAAAUUAACAUAUCUCAAGUUAUUGCCUGUGUGGGUCAGCAGAACGUUGAAGGAAAACGUAUUCCAUUCGGCUUCCGAAAGAGGACGCUACCCCAUUUUAUCAAAGAUGAUUUCGGUCCCGAGUCUCGAGGAUUUGUCGAGAACUCAUACCUCGCCGGACUCACACCAUCAGAAUUCUUUUUCCACGCUAUGGGAGGUCGUGAGGGUCUUAUCGAUACCGCUGUGAAAACUGCUGAGACCGGGUACAUCCAGCGACGUCUCAUAAAGGCUAUGGAAUCCGUCAUGGUCUGCUACGAUGGAACAGUACGAAAUUCGAACGGACAGGUUAUCCAGUUCCGUUACGGAGAGGACGGCCUGGACGGAGCCUGCGUAGAAGGUCAAUCCCUGCCUACGGUUAAGCCAUCAAAUAGGCAGUUUGAACAGAAAUUCCGUUUCGAUGUGACAAAUGAGAAGAUCUUGCGUAAAUACUACACCGAAGAUGUAAUUAAGGAUCUGAAUGGUUCCGCUAAUGCUGUUGCUGAAAUGGAACGCGAAUGGGAACUGCUGAAGAAAGAUCGCGAGGUCCUACGAAGUAUUUUUCCUACAGGAGACAGUAAAGUCGUGUUGCCUUGUAACCUUGGUCGUAUGAUUUGGAACGCCCAAAAGACCUUCCGUGUGAACACUCGGGGAAAGACCGAUCUCAGUCCGCUGCGCGUCAUCGAAGGCGUCGAUGACUUGGUGAAGAAAUUAAUCAUUGUACCCGGAGAUGAUCACCUUUCAAUUCAAGCGAAUGAAAACGCCACUCUUCUAUUUAGAGCCCUGUUGCGGUCAACUUUGUGCUCGCGUCGUGUUGGCCAAGAGUUCCGCUUAUCAACAGAGGCGUUCGAAUGGCUCCUUGGUGAAAUCGAAGCUCGAUUUCACCAAUCGCAGGGUCAGCCUGGUGAAAUGGUCGGUGCGUUGGCCGCCCAGUCUCUCGGAGAACCUGCUACUCAGAUGACACUGAAUACUUUUCACUAUGCAGGUGUGUCAGCUAAAAAUGUAACACUCGGUGUACCACGACUGAAGGAGAUUAUCAAUAUCUCGAAGCAGCCAAAAACCCCCUCGCUAACCGUUUUUCUUAAGGGUGCCUCGGCUCGUGAUGCCGAGAAAGCGAAGGAUGUGCUGUGUCGCUUGGAACACACAACUCUACGCAAAGUUACGGCAAAUACAGCCAUCUACUACGAUCCAGAUCCGCAAAACACCGUCAUAGCGGAAGAUCAGGACUUCGUGAACGUCUAUUACGAGAUGCCUGACUUCGAUCCGACGCGCAUUUCACCGUGGCUACUUCGUAUUGAACUUGACCGCAAGAGAAUGACGGACAAGAAACUCACUAUGGAACAGAUUGCCGAGAAGAUCAACGCCGGCUUUGGAGAUGACCUCAACUGUAUUUUCAAUGACGACAACGCCGAUAAGCUCGUUCUGCGCAUUCGCAUCAUGAACAGCGAAGGCGAGAAGUUCACGGAGGAAGCCGAAGAACAGGCUGAUAAGAUGGAGGACGAUGUAUUCCUCCGUUGCAUUGAAAGCAAUAUGCUAUCCGACAUGACAUUACAGGGUAUUGAAGCGAUCUCGAAGGUGUAUAUGCAUCUACCCACCACGGACGACAAAAAGCGCAUCGUUCUUACGGACACAGGCGAAUUCAAACACAUUUCAGAGUGGCUGCUCGAAACUGACGGUACAUCAUUAAUGAGGGUUUUGUCUGAGCGUGAUGUCGACCCUGUGAGGACGUACUCAAACGACAUCAUAGAAGUGUUCUCGGUGCUCGGCAUAGAGGCUGUGCGAAAGGCCGUGGAGAAAGAAAUGAAUCACGUUAUCUCGUUCGAUGGUUCAUACGUUAACUAUCGUCAUUUGGCGUUGCUUUGUGACGUUAUGACAGCUAAGGGUCACUUAAUGGCCAUCACUCGACAUGGUAUUAAUCGGCAGGAUACUGGAGCUUUGAUGAGAUGCUCUUUCGAAGAGACGGUUGACAUUCUUAUGGAUGCAGCUUUCCAUGCCGAGUCAGACAAGCUGAAGGGUGUGUCUGAGAAUAUCAUUCUCGGUAAGCUUGCACGUAUGGGUACUGGCGCUUUCGACCUUAUGCUUGACUGCGAAAAAUGCAAAGCUGGUAUCGAAAUCAACAUGGCCAUGCCUGGUAUCGACGGACUACCUGGCCAAGGACCUUUCUUCGGCUCUGCCGGCACUCCACUGGGUAGUCCACAAAUGACGCCUUGGAACGCUGGUCAAACGCCAGGCUACGGCAUGUGGUCACCAACGGCCGGCAUGACUCCAGGUGCCGGGGGUGCUUUCUCGCCAUCAACACAGAGCGAAUCUGCAUUCUCGCCAGCAUAUUCGCCAGCAUAUUCACCGGCGCAGUCCCCUGGCUCACCAUCCAGCCCGGCCUAUUAUUCGCCUUCACAUCCUGGCGCCGCCUCUCCCUCGUAUAGUCCCCACUUGGGCGCUGCUUCCCCUAGCUAUUCGCCAUCUUCGCCGAGCUAUCAGCUCACGUCGCCCACGUACAGUCCGAGCAGUCCACAAUACGGUGGGACAUCACCGUCGACACCGAGCUAUUCUCCAUCAUCACCAUCGUAUUCACCUUCAUCACCAACGUACUCCCCCACGUCCCCCUCGUACAGUCCGUCAUCACCAAACUACCCCACAACAAGCCCCACCUAUUCGCCGUCUUCACCAUCAUAUUCGCCAUCUUCACCCUCGUAUUCGCCAACGUCGCCGUCUUAUUCACCUUCUUCCCCGUCGUAUUCUCCAACCUCGCCAUCGUUCUCGCCUUCGUCACCAACCUAUUCCCCUACUUCGCCGUCGUACAGUCCUUCGUCGCCGAAGUACAGCCCGGCCUCCCCCUCAUACUCACCGGCUUCACCGAAGUACUCACCAUCUUCACCAUCAUACUCUCCUAGUACUUCAUCCUAUACAUCACACACAUCUCAUCGCUAUUCGCCAGCGUCACCUUCUUAUUCGCCAUCAUCGCCAACAUAUUCUCCUUCAUCGCCCACUUAUUCACCGUCCUCACCGAACUUUACCCCGACUGCUCCAUCGUAUUCGCCUUCGUCCCCGAAGUACUCCCCGUCCUCACCAACGUAUUCACCGUCAUCGCCCACGUAUUCGCCCUCAUCGCCGACAUAUUCACCGAGCUCACCUCAACACUCGCAGGCCCAUUACUCACCGUCGUCGCCGACGUACACGCCAACGUCUCCGGCAUAUUCGCCGGUGUAUGCGCCUGCGUCGGGUGAUGAUUCAGAUCAGGAGUAGAACAAUGAAAAGUGACGACGCUGAGCUAGAUGAAGACAGAAGGACUAGUAAUAGCUGGUGUUUAUUACAUUGAGAAUCUUAGUAAUAGACGAUAAAAUUGUUGCAAGGUGGGCGUCGACGAACGUAUGUAUGAAAAGUGACGAAAAUUAUGAUGAUGGUGAGGAAUUAAGGUACAAGGACAAGGAGUGUGGGAUUGUUGGAACAAUAAUGAAUGAAAAGCAAUCACAAAAACUGUUGUACACGCGUUUACAAUGAAAGAAAAACAACACAGAAAUGUCAAGUACAUAACAGAAGUCGUUAGAAGCCGAUGCCGGUGAUUUAAGAUGUUACGUGCCCAAGAGACACAUGUGAAAAGAGGUACAUAUAAAUAAAACGGCAAACCUCUAAAGAAAAGCUAGAUAUAUAAUAGACUAGGUCUGGCUGCCACCCAGCACCUGGCGCUGAAGGAACAAUUGGUUGAGCGUGAUGCGAGAGAUUGCAAGACGGUCUGACGAGCAAGAAAGCAAAUAGAGAAUAUUGUUUGUGCACGCUACUGGGCAAACUUCCGUAUACGCAUGUUUGUGGAUACAAUUACUUUAUAACUUAAAUAUAUACAAAUAUGAAUAAGUAUCAUAUCGUGGUGAUAUGUGUUUGUGAGGAGGAUUUUGUUAAUUAUUAUUAUAUUCGUGUAUGCUGGGGAAUAGUUCAGAUAACGAAUUUUGAAGCGGGCGGGGAAAGAAAACGAAGUGAGACUGUUAUGGCGUCUGCGCUAAAAGUACAAUAAAAAGCGAAGUACGCUAAAUUGCGAUACAUGUUGCAGAAGAACCUACAAAAAUUAUGACUAUAACAAUAGACAAUAUCAAUCACAAGUUACAAACGAGGCAAAAAACAAUAAAUAUAGGAAAAAACAGACAAACACACAACAAUUUGUGACACAGAGUAAAUACAAUUUAUUUUAUAGGUACUUCGGUAACAAUAAAAAAUGAAACAGUUCAGGAUCAUGGCUGGCAAGCUAUGAUAAUCGACAUCCUUAAAUACCAUUACAAUACCCCGCUGGUUAGAGUGGCUUUUUCUUUCGAAUCGAGAACUCGAACCGAGUCACCGAAGUUGUCAUACGUACAUACGAAAAGUGUAAAUAAACGAAACAUUUGAAAAUGUAA